GCCGCCGCGGAGGCGCGGGCUGGCCGAUUGCGGCCUGACUCGGCUGCGGGCUGUCUCCGGAGCGGCUGGGAGGAUGGGCCUCUCCGCCGCCGCCCCGCUGUGGGGCGCCCCGGGGCUGCUCCUGACCAUCGCCCUGCACCUGGCUCUCUCCCUGAGCCCUGCCCAGGCCUGGGCGCCCGUGCAUCGGGACUACUGCGUCCUGGGCGCCGGGCCCGCAGGCCUGCAGAUGGCCUACUUCCUGCAAAGGGCAGGCAGAGACUACAUGGUGUUUGAACGCGCCCCGGGGCCGGGCAGCUUCUUCAUGCGCUACCCCCGGCACCGCAAGCUCAUCAGCAUCAACAAGCGGUACACUGGCAAGACCAAUGCCGAGUUCAACCUGCGCCACGACUGGAACUCUCUGCUCAGCCACGACCCCCGGCUGCUCUUCAGACACUACUCUGACGCCUACUAUCCCGACGCCAGCGACAUGGUGCGCUACCUGAGCGACUUUGCAGAGCGGCUGGGGCUUCACGUGCUGUAUAACACAACCAUUGCCCAUGUCACUCUGAACAAGGAUCGCGGGGCCUGGAAUGGCCAUUACUUCAUCCUGACCGACCACCGGGGCCAGGCAUACCAGUGUAGCGUCCUUCUCGUGGCCACCGGCUUGUCGGUGCCCAACCAGGUGGACUUCCCUGGCUCCGAAUAUGCGGAUGGUUAUGAGUCCGUGUCCGUGGAUCCCAAGGACUUCGUGGGUCAGAACGUGCUGAUCCUGGGCCGGGGGAACUCGGCCUUUGAGACAGCAGAGAACAUCUUCAGUGUCACCAACUUUAUCCAUAUGCUGAGCCGCUCCCGGGUCCGGCUCUCCUGGGCCACCCACUACGUCGGAGACCUCAGGGCCAUCAACAAUGGCCUGCUGGACACCUACCAGCUGAAGUCCCUGGACGGGUUGCUCGAGUCCGACCUGACAGACUUGGCCAUCGUGAAGGACCACCAGGGCAAGUUCCACAUCACUCUGAAGCUCUUCAUGGAGGCAGGCAACCAGAGUUCUGACGCCAUCCCCCUCCCCCAGGACGACAAUGACAACUUUGCCAUGCGCGUGGCCUAUGACCGGGUCAUCCGCUGCCUGGGCUGGAAGUUUGACUUCUCCAUUUUCAGCAAGUCACUCCGACUCUCUUCAGGGAGUGAACUCAGCAAGAAGUACCCCCUGGUCAGAGCCAGCUAUGAAUCCAAAGGGAGCCGGGGCCUCUUCAUCCUGGGGACUGCCAGCCAUUCAGUGGAUUACCGGAAAUCUGCUGGGGGUUUCAUCCAUGGAUUCCGAUACACAGUGCGUGCCGUCCACCGGCUGCUGGAGCAGCGCCACCACGGUGUGGCCUGGCCCUCCACCGAGCACCCCAUCACACACCUGGCCAGUGCCAUCAUCCGGCGCAUCAACGAGGCCUCUGGGCUCUACCAGAUGUUCAGUGUGCUGGCCGACGUGGUCCUGCUAAAGGAGAACGCCACCAUCUUUGAGUAUCUGGAGGAGUUCCCCAUGCAGAUGCUGGCGCAGCUGGAGACAAUCACGGGAAAGAGGGCGAGGCAUGGGCUCUUCGUCAUCAACAUGGAGUAUGGCCGGAACUACUCUGGGCCCGACAAGGACGUCUUCUUUUCUGACCGCUCUGUGGGGCACAUGGAAGACGCCUGGCUGUCCAACUUCCUCCAUCCUGUCAUCUACUACUACAGGCACCUCCCCACCGAGCAGGAGGUGAGGUUCCGCCCAGCGGGCUGGCCGCUCCCGCGGCCCUCAGCCCUCCACCACGUCGUGGAAGAUUUCCUGACGGACUGGACGGCCCCGGUGGGGCACAUCCUGCCCCUGAGGCGCUUCCUGGAGAACUGUUUGGACACCGAUCUGCGAAGCUUCUAUGCAGAGUCCUGUUUCCUGUUCGCCCUAACACACCAGAAGCUCCCGCCCUUUUGCCAGCAGGGCUACCUGAGAACGCAGGGUCUCGUGGGAACUGAGAGCCUCCGUCAGCACGGCGUGGAGAGCGGGCUCCUGUGGGACUCUGCCAUCAUGGGCCAGCGCCAGGGGGCCAGCGAGCAGCAGCCUGGCGACCGCGGGCCAGGAGGGCACCCUCUGGCUCCGGGGCCUCCGGUCUCACCUUUCAACAGCAACAAGGAGGAGCUCUGAUGGGCGGCUGCUCCCACUAGGGUCACAGUCAGCCUUCCUCUUCCCCACAGUUUCGUGCUCCCACGUGAUUGCCAAAGACCCCCCUCAGAUCAUCGCGGCGACCACACCAAAGCCACAUGGAGGGCACAGACGGGCUGAAGGGUGGCCACGCGGUGGUCUCCCCUCCUGUUUGGUUCAGGGAUUUCUGGGAAGAGGGGUCCAGGGACAGCAUCUUCUGCCAGAUGGAAGGGAGCCGCCUUCCACGCCAGACUUGUCUGCAAGCCAGCCACCAUGAGCACCAGGCUGGCCUCAGCUCCGUCCCCAUCAAGUGCCCAGUGUUCCUCUUCCGAGGGCCCUGGAUUCCGCCUACCCGUGGAGCGCUUCACAAGUGCAAUCCACCCUCAUCUUCAUACAGGUUGUAGCAGGCACUUUAAGACAAACGCUCUAAGGUCCUCCGCCAAGUGGGGCAGGUGGGGCCGUUACCCCCUGAUGGAAACACCAGCUGAGGAAGGUCAGGUGAUCCCAGGGGUCCCAGCAAAGAGUCUGCGAAGCCCUAAGGCCCGCCCUGCUUCACCAUACUGCCUCUCCCCGCCCCAUCUCUGCUUUCAGAAUCCCAGUCGGGGCAGAGAGAGGACAGCUCCCUGUAGGCCGUCUUAUCUACGCGGGUCUCUGCCAAGCUGCUCUCUCCCCAGGACCGCCCUCCCUGACUUGCCUUCCCGCUCUGUGUUCUCCUCUCUCUCAUCCUACUCCCCUGCCCUCUGGCAUUCCGAACAGCGCCUCCUCGCCUCUGCCCUGCCAGAUCAGGCUUUGUGAAAUGGUCCCCAUGCUGGCUAUCAGUGGGGAUCCUCUUGGAGGGGAUUCACCCCACUGUUCCAUACAGAGCCCAGCUCAGCAUGGGCAAGAAAUCAUCUAUAAAUGAGUUUGUAAGAUAACGAUGAUGAAUGUAGUUUCUGGUUCCCUGAGCUGUUCUGGCUUUUUUAUUGUCCCUCCUCACCAGGAAUCUGUCCCUUCUUACUCUCUCAUCAGGUAUUUGAGUCCCAUUGAUGAGUAAGCCAUGGGAAAGCAUUUGUACAGAAAAUAAUCAUGGUGGUUUCCUCAAAAGCCCGGGAUCACAGGUGAUAGCUUUCUCACUGGUUCUUACCAGUAAGUCCUUCAUGUGUCCACUCAGAAUGGUAGGGACACAAACUUUCCAGAUCCACUGCCCUUUACUUGGAACAGCUUCUUCAUGACGGCCAGGUCCAAAAUCCCUUACCUCCAGCACCACUGUCUGUGCUCCAGGUGUUUGCAGUCACAACAUUGAGACUCCAAAAGCCUGAGCCUGUCAGGGAGGAGGUGUUUACCCCAUGGCAAGACGUGGCAUAGUUUACAGAGAGCUGAAACUUCUCAGUGAAGGGUCUCUCCCUAAUCCCAGGCUGUUGAAUUUGCUGUAUUUCAUACUGUUUACAGGGUAAACCAAAAUUAGGUCCCAUUAGUCCACCCUUCCUUUUCCUAAACUUUUUUAAAAAAAUAAAUCUUUUGGGAUUUCUAGUGGUCCAGUGGUUAAGACUCCACACUUCCAAUGCAGGAGGUGUGAGGGUUCAAUCCCUGGUUGGGGAACUAAGAUCCUACAUGCCUCUUGGCAUGGCCAAAAAAUAAAAUUAAAAAAAAAAAAAACAAGUAUGAAAAUAAAUAAUUAGGACUGUAUCCAUAUUAUCAAAUCCUGUUACACACAUCUUGCCUACCCAGUUACUAAAGGCUGGCUGAGCCCCCGGUUCGAGGUGCUGUAACGAAUAGUUGACUGACGCCUAAGUAUGUGACAUCUGCUGCUCUUCCUGUCAUGUGCCAAGUUCUUAAUUCCAUCAAAAUAUCACCAGCCUUAUUUGUGUUUAAUAAGACAUGGUUCAGCUCUUACUCAGCCAAUGAGACACAAAUUCCCUGGUAUUUUUCCUGUAAAUUAAUAGUUGGCUUCAGAGAACUACUUUUUCCUAUGAAGAUCAUUGCUGCAGUGGCUGGAGUCCUGUCUACAUCUUGCUUGCUUCUAGCAAACCACCCUCCCCAGCCUCCAGGGCCUUUUUUGUAAAUCCUUGCCCCUGAGUGCCCGUUGCCUUAGGCCUGUCAUCUUUGCUGUCUGCUAUCUUCCUCUUGUGUUGUAUGGACUCACGUGUCCUACUUCUUUGCCUCAGUUUCUUUCCUUGUCAAGUUUAGACAGCUGUCUAGCAGAUCUUGUUUCCAGCCAGAUCAAGUCCUUCUAGCUAAGGCCUGACUUCAUCCAUUCAUUCUUUUUGAAAAUAUUAUAAAGUUACACAUGCAAAACAGACAAAUCAGUGAAACAAUAAGCCAGAAGUAGAGCCUGCUCUAAGAUGGAGGUGUUUUUUAAAGGGAAUCACAAACCAGUGGAAAAGAUUGUACAGGAUUGUACAAUAAGUGAUGUUAGACUGGAA